AUGAAUGAGGUGAUGCCACAGAGGUUCCGGAUACCUCCCUUCAUCCAACACUCCAGGUCUGGUGACCCAUCCGAGCACGUGGAAACUUAUUAUUCGUGGAUACAAAUCCAGACAGCAACAGACGCGAUGAUGUGCAGGGGGUUCUCGAUCACACUCACAGGAUCCGCUCGGAGUUGGUAUCGUCAACUCAAGCCCAAUUCCAUUGGUUCCUUCGUGGAGCUUAACCGAUUAUUCUUUAUCCAAUUCAUAAGUGGUAAGAAGAGUCGGAAGCUGAAUACUCACCUGUUCACCAUCAAGCAAGAGCCUAAGGAGUCAUUGAAGGACUACAUCGUUCGCUUCAAUGAGGAAGUAUUACAAGUGGAGGACUACGAUGACAAGAUGGCGCUCUCCGUCGUGUUCGGUGGCCUGAAAGAAAGAAGUUUCACCUUCUCUAUUGGGAAGAAUCUGCCAAAGACUGGUUUGAAAGAGGGAAGGUUCACAUUCUCUAUUGGGAAGAAUCUACCAAAGACGUUAGCUGAUCUCAUCGUCAGAGCUCAGAAGUAUAUUAAAUCCAAGGAAUUCUCUAAGGCCCGCAAGAAUGUUCAAGUGACAAAGCCGACUGUCAAGGGGAAGAGGCCAAGGAACGAAGAAUCUCAGCUGUCCAGCAAGGGACCAGAUGACCACGCCACUCGCGAUCGUCGCCCAAGCAGAAAACCAGAGGAAAAAUUCCAUUCCUACACCCCCCUCAACACAUUUACUGAGCAGAUUUUGCUGGACAUCAAAGUACGUAAGCUUCUAAAUUGGUCAGUUUAUAUGAAGGCCAACCCCGAUCAUCGAGACAAGCGCAAGUACUGCCGCUUCCAUUGGGAUCACGGUCACAACACAGCUGAUUGUGUGGAUCUCAAGGAUGAGAUCGAGACCCUUAUUCAUAAGGGACACCUGCGCCGAUACGCCAAGGGAGAAAGAACCGCUCGGAAAGAAGAGCGAGGGCAAGAACAGCCGAAUAACUCCAGGGAAGAGCCAGCCGAAAUUCGCACCAUCUUCAGAGGCUCAUCCGGUGGGGAAGAUUCGAACAUGGCUUGGAAAGCCCAUUCUCGAAAGUUUAAUCCGGAACACUACAUCCACUUGACCAAGCGGCCGAGCAAAGAACUCCGGGUCAGUCUGUGCAGCAUGACCUUCUCGGAAGAUGAUGGGCGCGAGAUCCAGCAUCCGCACGAUGACGCCCUAGUGGUUACUAUGAGUAUAGCCAACCACAAGGUGUACUGCAUCCUGAUCGACACUGGAAGCUCAGCAGAUGUAAUCUACUCCUAG